AUGGCUCAUUCGGAAGGGUUCCUGUCUACAGGUCACAGGUAUUUCUGUGCGAUGCCAGCUCUGGACAAGUUCUCAUGUGCCAGCAUCAUGCCUACUGUCAAUCCCUGCUGCAGGAGCUCUUUUGUAGUCCAUCCUGCCUGGAUUGUUGAGCCCCUAACCCCCCAGAGGUGCCAAUGGGUUAGCCAAUGCCUCCCCUCCCCUGGCCCAGCAUGGAAGAGGCUGAGUGCAACGGGGAGAUCAGUGGGCUUAGACAGCGAUGUCGCUGUCCUGGUGAGAGGGGAACAAGAUGGAUUUUAUUACCGUGGUACAGUCAAAGAGGAGAUAGAGGAAAAUGAAAGAGGCAUGUUCCUGGUGGAGUUUGCCAAACCACUUGUGUCACGUGGAAGGCAUCCAGUGUCUGUGCAAAAAACAGCAAAGGAGGACAUCCUGGAAUAUGUGAAUGGGAUGAAGCACUCCUUACUCCCUGGAGACAAAGUACUGGCACCCUGGGAGUCAGAUAUGGCCAGGUAUGGCCCAGGAACUGUCCUCACAGGCAUUGAGACAAGGGACCCCUUACGAGCCUCAGAAGAUGAAGAAAUUAUGGUCCAGUUCUGGAAUGACAAGGAAGUGAAACUCCCACGAGGUGUGGCUCUGUGGAUCCCUCCUAGCCUGUGGGAGAGGACUGUAGAGAUGAUCCAUAUGCCCUUCACCAGCAGGGUAAAGCCCAGAGAAAGUCAGGACAUUGACUCUUUUGUUUUUUCCUGCAGUCCUAAACCAGCCCUGAUUCCUGUUUGUGCUGUACCUAGCCUGGCCAAGCACUGCUUGCUCUGCUCACCCUGCUGGCCACAUUUCCACUAUCACUGUGUAACGUGCAGCUGCUGCUGUCAUCCCCAUGUUGAUGCCUGGUGGCCCCUUCCAUCCAGGUCUCUGGUUUUUCAGAGUGAAACUGAAGAUGCAGAGUCAAGCAGCAAGCCCCCUCUGUGCCUUCUAGAACAGAAAGGCCUCAAACAAGAAGCAGCAGCAGCUGUGGAAGCAUCUUCCCCCUCAUCUGAUUCAGAGUGGGACCUGGAGCCAUUCCCCGCUAAGAGUACCAUGGCAGACAGUGCUGUUAACACAGGCUGUGGUUGUCUUGAGAAGCCCAGGCGAAAGGAUUCUGCAAGACCCGAGUGGAAGUACUGGAAAAGCCACCACCAGUCCCAUCCCAGUAAUUCAGCUCUUCUUUUGGGCGCUCAUCCAAUGGAAAACUACCAGAACAGUGAAUUUCAUUUGGAAAUACAAAUUUACUCCUUCCCAGGACUCUGCAGUCACAGCAGCCCAUGUCCAAAGGGCAAGCCAGAAUCCAAAGCUGUCUCUGCUGGGGACGUGUCCUGUGUUGCCCUGACUAAUCGGAGUACAGUGUUUGAAACCAUCAAGGAGUUUCCCAGAGGGCAACUCACAAUGAAAGAAAUCUUCAGAGACCCAGAUUUCAAGCUGUCAUUGAGGGAAGAAGGUUUUGCAGCAUCAGAAGAACAAAGAUAUAAAACAGCAAGGAAGAAAACGGAGUCAGAUGAUAGAUGUAAAGCGACUUGCAUAGGAGACAACAAACCUGAUGAUACAGACCAUGUCAGAAGAGGACGGAUAGAAAAAACAGUAGAGAGCUCACUUGCAACAAAGAAGAGAGAUCAACCAGAAUUCAAUAAACAUACAACUGAUGAAGUUCAGGAGCUGAAGUUUCAG